CGCUGAGCUAGCGCCCGGGCCUGGAAUCGGACGCAGACUCCUCAGCCGCGUCCUCCGCCUCCUGACCAUGGACCCCCGCAAAGUGAGCGAGCUUCGGGCCUUCGUAAAAAUGUGUAAGCAGGAUCCGAGCAUUCUGCACACUGAGGAAAUGCGCUUCCUGAGGGAGUGGGUGGAGAGCAUGGGGGGUAAAGUACCACCUGUUUCUCAGAAAGCUAAAUCAGAAGAAAAUACUAAGGAAGAAAAAACAGAUAGUAAGAAGGCGGAGGAAAACAUACAGACAGAGGAACCAUCAAGUGAGGAAAGUGAUCUAGAAAUUGAUAAUGAAGGUGUGAUUGAACCAGACACUGAUGCCCCGCAAGAAAUGGGAGAUGAAAAUGUAGAGAUAACUGAGGAAAUGAUGGAUCAGGCAAAUGAUAAGAAAGUUGCAGCCAUUGAAGCCCUAAAUGAUGGUGAACUACAGAAAGCCAUUGACUUGUUCACAGAUGCCAUCAAGCUGAAUCCUCGGUUGGCCAUUUUGUAUGCCAAGAGAGCCAGUGUCUUCAUCAAAUUACAGAAGCCAAAUGCUGCCAUCCGAGAUUGUGAUAGAGCCAUUGAAAUAAAUCCUGAUUCAGCUCAGCCUUACAAAUGGAGAGGGAAAGCACACAGACUUCUGGGCCAUUGGGAAGAAGCAGCCCAUGAUCUUGCCCUUGCCUGUAAACUGGAUUAUGAUGAAGAUGUUAGUGCAAUGCUGAAAGAAGUUCAACCUAGGGCCCAGAAAAUUGCAGAACAUCGGAGAAAGUAUGAGCGAAAACGCGAAGAGCGAGAGAUCAAAGAAAGAAUAGAAAGGGUUAAGAAGGCUCGAGAAGAGCAUGAGAGAGCCCAGAGGGAGGAAGAAGCCAGACGACAAUCAGGAGCUCAGUAUGGCUCUUUUCCAGGUGGCUUUCCUGGGGGAAUGCCUGGUAAUUUUCCUGGAGGAAUGCCUGGAAUGGGAGGAGGCAUGCCUGGAAUGGCAGGAAUGCCUGGACUCAAUGAAAUUCUUAGUGAUCCAGAGGUUCUUGCAGCCAUGCAGGAUCCAGAAGUUAUGGUGGCCUUUCAGGAUGUGGCCCAGAACCCGGCAAAUAUGUCAAAAUACCAGAGCAACCCAAAGGUUAUGAAUCUCAUCAGUAAAUUGUCAUCCAAAUUUGGAGGUCAAGCGUGAUGCCCUUCCGACAAAUAAAGCCCAUGCUGAAGGAAAAGCAACCUAUAUCACCUAAUGGAUGUCGCAAUAAUACAAACCAGUGUACCUCUGACCUUCUCAUCAAGAGAGCUGGGGUGCUUUGAAGAUAAUCCCUACCCCUCUGUCCCAAAUGCAGCUGAAGCAUUUUGCAGUGGUUUGCCAUUAGGGUAUUCAUUCAGAUAAUGUUUUCCAGCUAGAAAUUACAAUCUUCUAGAUACUUUUUAAACCUUAAAAAUAUUUGAAACUAAUUAAAAGGACAUGUUAAUUCCUACAUUUUUCUUACUAAUCAUUUUGGAUUUUUUCCUUUGAAUUAGUGGGCAAGAAAGAUACUUACAUCGGAGAUUAAUUAUUGCUCUAGUUUGAGUAAAAUAAAGGUUUAUUGGUGGGGGCAAAUAUAAUUCAUUUAAAUAGAUAAAGUUUGAGUUGGAUAUAUGGUUACUGAGGCAUUUUAAUUUGUCUUUUUAAAUGCUUUAUUUUUUAAAAAAAUGAUUUAUUUCAAUAAAACUAUUGGGACCACCAGUAUUUCAGUAGGACCUGGGUAGGGACUGGAAGUACUUGGCAGGGCAGCAGCAGUCUUGCUGUUUUAUAUAACAUGCACCCUUGUGCAGGUUGCAUUUAAAUCUUACACUGUGGUGAAGGGAUGAUUUUUUUUUUGUAAUGCUGCAGUAGAGUUGGAUUACUUAGCUCUGUUGUUGUCCAAUAUAUCAAAUAAAUGCUUCAUAUUAUUUCCACAGAGCAGAAAUAAGGAAGUAAUUUUCUUUUUAUAUUUCUGUGUUUAAAAUUGCCUUUCCUGUUCAAAAAUGCCCAAUUCCCUGUCCUCUUUCUGCUUGUUACCCUUUUUCCCCCCUUAAUCUUCUUGAGUUAAAGAUAGUCUUUUUUCACUAGCAUCCUCACUGCUAUUAUCAUUCACAGCAUAAUUAUACAAGCAUAUUUAAUGCUGGGUUUAAUUUAAUAUGUAAUACAUAUGGUGACUGUAGGGUAAUACCCGUAACAACUGUAGUUUCUUACUUGGCCUUGAUAUUACUUAUUUAAGUGAUAGACUUUCACUCUGCCAAAAUCUUGUCACAUCAAAAGACAUUAGAGGGUGAGAUUCCCUUUAGUGUUUGGAAAUGCUGUCUAGUUAGGAAAUACCUAUUGCAGUUAGAGUUUAUCUUGUAGUAUUCGUCUUUGUGUUUUGAAGAGAAUAAGAUUUGAAAACUGAUAUACAUUGAGGGGAACCUGACUUUUUGAUCUAGCAUGAAUGAUCAAAUAGAUGAGAUAUCCACAAUUACACAUUGUGGAGUUGCAACUGUGAAGAUUCACUGUCUUCCUGUUUGGGUCUUCCUUAAAUAGUGCAGUCAUAACCCCACCUCUGCUUUUUUUCCCUCACCACUCCAAGGAUAAAGAAAAUGAUAAAUUUUCUGUCAUCCAUCCAAUUCUUACCUUAAAUAAGACUGAAUAUAGAGACUUUGUUCCUGAUAUUGCUAUGUUUCUACCUAGUUUUCCAUUUAAAUUGCUAGUGUUCAAAAGCAGUUUCAAGGAAUGAGACCUGUACUUUGCUUAUGUGAGGAAUCAGUGGUAGGAGCAAUGAAGUAAAUUCUAUGGAGUACAUUUCUAAAAUAGCAUAUUUCUGAAAUCAUAAAUAAGUUUAUUCAGUUUCUAACCCUUUGCUGUACACAAGCAGACAGAAUUCAUCUGUUAUAUAAAUGAGAAAAAGCUGUAUGCUUGAAAUCCUUUGAAAACUCACCAUAUAAACUUGAAUUUGAGUUUGCA